CAGCGUCAGCCCACCCGCCCGGCGCCCAGCUCCGCGCCGCCGCCCCGGGCUCUCUGGCCCGCGUCUCUAUGGCAGGAAGCGAGAAGCCGGAAGUGGGCCGUCGACGGGCUGGGGGCGGGGCCUCCGUCUCCAGCUGCGCUGAGGGCCGAGGCGAGAUGGCGGCCACCGAGGGGGUCGGGGAGGCUGCGCAAGGCGGUGAGCCGGGUCAGCCGGAGCAGCCGCCGCCCCAGCCGCACCCGUCGCCUCCCCAGCAGCAGCAGCAGCAGCAAGAGGCGAUGGCGGCCGAGGCCAGAGGAGCGGUGGCGUCCCCUAUGGACGACGGGUUCCUGAGCCUGGACUCCCCCGCCUAUGUCCUGUACAGGGACAGAGCAGAAUGGGCUGAUAUAGAUCCAGUGCCACAGAAUGAUGGUCCCAAUCCAGUGGUCCAGAUCAUCUAUAGUGAAAAAUUUAGAGAUGUGUAUGAUUACUUCCGAGCUGUUCUGCAGCGUGAUGAAAGAAGUGAACGAGCUUUUAAACUAACCCGAGAUGCUAUUGAGUUAAAUGCAGCCAAUUAUACAGUGUGGCAUUUUCGGAGAGUUCUCUUAAAGUCACUUCACAAGGAUCUACAUGAGGAAAUGAACUACAUCACUGCAAUAAUUGAGGAACAGCCCAAAAACUAUCAAGUUUGGCAUCAUAGGCGAGUGUUAGUGGAAUGGCUAAAAGAUGCAUCUCAGGAGCUUGAGUUUAUUGCUGAUAUUCUUAAUCAGGAUGCAAAGAAUUACCACGCCUGGCAGCACCGACAGUGGGUUAUUCAGGAAUUUAAACUUUGGGACAAUGAGCUGCAGUAUGUAGACCAGCUUCUCAAAGAGGAUGUGAGAAAUAACUCUGUCUGGAACCAAAGAUACUUCGUCAUUUCAAACACCACUGGCUACAGUGAUCGUGCUGUGUUGGAGAGAGAAGUCCAGUAUACCCUGGAAAUGAUCAAACUAGUACCACAUAAUGAAAGUGCAUGGAACUAUUUGAAAGGGAUUUUGCAGGAUCGGGGUCUUUCCAAAUAUCCUAAUCUAUUAAAUCAAUUACUUGAUUUACAACCAAGUCACAGUUCCCCCUACCUAAUUGCCUUUCUUGUGGAUAUCUAUGAAGACAUGCUAGAAAACCAAUGUGACAAUAAGGAAGACAUUCUUAAUAAAGCACUAGAGUUAUGUGAAAUCUUAGCUAAAGAAAAGGACACUAUAAGAAAGGAAUAUUGGAGAUAUAUUGGAAGAUCCCUUCAAAGCAAACACAGCACAGAAAGUGACCCAGCCACAAAUAUACAACAAUAACACCAUCCAGAAGAACUUGAUGGAAUGCUUUUAUUUUUUUAAGGGACUUUAAUGCAGGAGCUUAAAACUAGAGUGGCCCAUUCCCUUUGCCUGUGGUGUACAAGACACAUUGUACAGGUAUUGCUUUUUAACAAGAACUAAGUGGGAUGCUCCUUGGGUGCUGCUGCUAUUCAUACUAGCUCUAAGUAAUUUGAUUCUUCUAAAGCAAAGUAAUUGGAAGGGAGGGGAAAGAAAAUUCCCAUAAAGGAACUUUUGUAGUCUUAUCAACAUUUACUCUAAUCCCUUAGCAUCAACCCCUCCCUAAAUGGUAUCUGCGUCAGAAUUUGUAGCAGUAAUGAUUGCAGUUCACUUAUAUGUUAUGGAUAUGAGGUAACUGAAGGUUUGGUUCAGUAAGUGGGGAAUACAAUUGUUACAUCAGAACUGCUAUGCCACACUCACAGUAUCUUGCUAUCCCUGUAACCAACUAAUGCCAAAAGAAUGAUUUUAUAAUAAAAUUAUAGAUGUAUCUAAAAA